AUGUCUUCAUUCUCUCGACUUGUACAAUGGUUCCAUCUUCAUCCCAGUCACCUCGUUUUCAUAAAUUGGUCAAGGUCGUCUGCACAUCCUUCUGACGACGACAGCCUCGCUUUGCCUCUCCCUGCCUCAGCGACAAAGACCUCGUUUGGAGACGUUUUCGAUGAAAAGCUGCCCGGCGCUGCGCAGCAUCAUCGCUUUCUUGCCCUUCCAUCAGCCCACUUUCCCGUAUUUCUUGUUUUGACUCUUCUCCCAGUCUCCACUUGUUUCGUCUAUUUAUCCUUACGAACACUCCCCAUCUCCGUUUCCUGGCCACACACCAUAACCGACAUUGCACAGCUCGGUAGAGAACUGCACGGCUACUCCCACAGCGGUCUAUGGCCCCUGGCACAUGUCAUUGCCGUGAUGGCAGUAUCAGCCGUUUGGAAGCACGCUUGGUCCAUUCCAGGUAGCGUCGUUUGGAAUGUCAUCGCAGGCGCUCUUUUCUCUCCAGCUCUCGCGACAAUUCUCCUCACCUUUCUAACUACCCUCGGUUCAAUAUGCGCUACCCUACUUGCAGCCCCCCUUGCUCCCUUUCUCUCCCAUUUCUUCCCCAAAGCGCUCGAAAUGACGCGUCUUACUUUGGAAGGAGAUGCUCCCACUGACCCCUUAAUAUCAUCAACCCCCUCGUCAUCUCAUCCCUCCGGCGCUUGGGUCCGUCUCUCGAUCCUCCGCCUUGUCGGCGUCGUUCCUUGGUCUGGCAUCAACAUCGCUUGUGGGGUAUGCCAAGUUCCCCUUGUCGAUUGUUUCCUCGGUGCGUUCAUUGGUACUCUGCCUUGGACAGCUGUCACUUGUCAGAUCGGCGAUAUCUUACAAACUGUGGCGUCCACCCCAUCACCUACCCCACAGACAGUCUCAUCCUUGCUAUUGUCACCCAACGUCAUCUUCAAGCUCAUCCUUCUUUCUUUCCUCUCUCUUGCACCUAUCCUGGCCAAGGAUCGCUUAAAGGCCCUUGCUUCUGGGACUGAAACCCCGAGUCACACGGCCGGUACCGGACCUGAAUCCGAAAAAGACUCACGCAUGAGGAGUUGGGUAAAGCGUUGGAAAGUUCGUCUACCUUCCAGAUCGAGAACACGGACAUCGGAGGAAGAGAGGUUGCAGCUGGUCGACGAGAAGAGGCAGAUGGAAGAACGGUUGGAAAUGUUACCGCCGUAG